UAUUACAUUGGACAACGUGACACGACUGUGACAGAUUUUUUUCUUACCUUGAAAAGAUAGAUAGCCUGUCAUCCUGUGUUCUCUACCUGUUAUCAUUGUAAAUUUCUUAAGUUUAUUAAAAAGACACUACAGGAAAAUAAUGAAUGAUUACCAGAAGCAGUUGCAAUUUGGGAUGCAAGAGAAAUUACUAGAUAUGACAGAGCUAUGGGUUUCAUUCUAAGGGGCUGUUUAAAUUGUCCCAGUUAGUCAAGAUUCAAUGAAGGCCAGAUGACUUUGAGAUAUUGAAAUAAGCAUAUAACUUUAUCUUGGCAAUUGGGGUCAAUUGCACAAUCACCCUGAUAAUAGCAUUUCAAUACCUCAAAGUAAUCUUGCAGAGGUUGCAAAACCAAUCUUUAUUAAUAACAGACUACAUUCCAUACUUCAGAGUUCAAUUGGAUCUUUUAAAUUUUGACAAUGUGAAUGGAACUUAAUAGACCUUUCUUAUAAUGACGUCAAACGUGGAAAGUCUGAUGUUAUAUGAAAUUUGAUUGGAACCAACCAAUGUGUAACAUCAUACUUUCCGCGUUUGAUGUCAUUAAGAAAAAGGUCUAUUGUUCUGAUAUUCUGUGGCAGUCCACUGGACUCUGGAGUGGACUCUAGCUAGUGUAAAAAUGGCCAGUUUUUCUAUCUCCAGUGUAAAUACUUACCGCUUGCUGUUGCUAAACAACACAAGCCUGGUCUAUCUAUUGAAGUCCUUAUUGCAGUUUUAUUAAAAGUUUGUGAUGGAAUCUAUCAUAGAGUGACUACAUUCAAUACAUUUUCAAACGAUUUAUGUGAUGGUUACACCAUGGAAAAUAGUCUUUUAACUAUCCAUGGUUACACUCAGGUUUUAUUAUAUUUAUUUAGUCUAAUGAUAUAACCAGUUCAGCAUAAACGACAGUACAGUUGGCAGUUGUAUGAUACAGGCCAAUGUAGUGCUAGGAAGAGCGGUUACCAAAACUAUUAUUUACCAAAGAUAAAGAUAUACAUUUAGUUUAGUAAUUUCGGGAUGGUUUAUUGAUCACCAGGGGGGAGCGUAGUUUUUCCCCAGUGAGCUGUUUUUCCCUUCGUGUCCUCCCGCGAUGCAUGCUGGACCGUAAGUAAGUUGUCGUGACUUCGAAUCUCAAAUCAACAUUUAGAAGUCGAAGGAAAUAAAACAGAUUAUUCAUAUUGAAACUAUUGUUUUUUAUCCAGCUUGCCGAUGUUGUGAGGGCUGGCGUAUGAGUAAGGCAUGAUCGGUUUUAGUGGUACUCUAAAAUUGGUGAUAUCUGAAGCAACCGAUUUGAAACCAACGAGUUUACAUCAUCAUGGGGUGAAAUUAACUAACCUCGAUCCUUAUGUAUCGAUAUAUGUCGACGAAAUAUUUCUGGCGCAAACACAAGCCAGAGGAAAGACUUCUGCUCCACGUUGGGAAGAAGCAUUUGAGAAAUUCAUAGAUUAUGGAGAUAUAGGCUUGACAGUGUUUCAUAAAGCUAUUCUUCCACCUGAUCCAUUUGUUGCGAAUGUCACAGUGCCUUUCGAACAACUUAUAAACGAAACAUCCAAGGACUAUUUGUGGAUCAAACUUGAGCCGUCUGGAAGAGUAAAAGUUAAGAUUGAACUUAAAGAGUCCACUGGCACAGAUAAAAGACCGAAAUUUAAAAUGAAAGAAGGUGCAUUGAAAGCCCGUGGACGAAGGGGGGCGAUGAGGCGAAGAAUUCAUCAAAUAAAUGGACAUAAAUUUAUGGCAACAUUUUUGUAUCAGCCUACGUUUUGCGCUCAUUGUAAUGAAUUUAUUUGGGGGGUGAUUGGAAAACAAGGCUACCAGUGUCAAGUUUGUACAAAGGUAGUCCACAAGAGAUGCCAUGAAUCUGUGGUUACAGCAUGUCCUGGACAUAAAGAUGAAGCUUCUGAAUUGAUUGGUGGGUCAAGGUUUACAAUUAAUGUGCCGCACAGAUUUCAUGUGCACACUUAUCGAAGACCAACAUUUUGUAACCACUGUGGUUCAAUGUUGUAUGGUCUAUACCGACAGGGUGUUCAAUGUCAAGCAUGUGGAAUGAAUGUUCACAAAAGAUGCCAAAUGAAUGUUGGAAAUAAUUGUGGGGUAAAAACUAAGGAAAUUGCUGAGAUGCUAGCAGUUAUUGGACAGAAUGCCCAUGGUAUUAAAAACACACAGAAGAAACUUUCCAUAUCGGACAGCACACCUCUGCUCCACCAAACAAAUUCAUCUCAAGAGAGCCCCCCCAAAACUCCGUCCAGUCUAGACAGUAAUGUUCAGCAUACUGGAUUUAAGAAGAAACCAGUAAAACGGCAGAUGAAUGGAGUAUCUAGUUACUCUCUUAAAGAUUUUGACCUUCUGAAAGUAUUGGGAAAAGGCACAUAUGGCAAGGUGAUGUUGGCUGAACGAAAAGGAACAACAGAGCUAUAUGCAAUUAAAGUUUUAAAGAAACAAGUAAUAAUGGAAGAUGAUGAUGCUGAGUGCACUAUGAUUGAAAAGACAGUUUUAGCAUUGGCAGCUUAUCAUCCUUUUUUAACGUCUCUUCAUUCAUGUUUUCAAACACCGGAACGAUUAUUUUUUGUAAUGGAAUACGUUAAUGGUGGAGAUCUCAUGUUUCAAAUACAGAAAUCAAGAAAAUUUGACGAGCCCCGUGCGAGGUUUUAUGCUGCAGAAUGUGUUUCAGCCCUACAAUAUUUACACGAGAAGGGAAUCAUCUAUCGAGAUCUUAAACUAGACAACGUGUUACUAGACAGAGAUGGGCACAUAAAGUUAGCAGACUUCGGGAUGUGUAAGCUGGAAAUGUCUUUGAAUACAACAACCAGCACAUUCUGUGGCACACCGGACUAUAUUGCACCUGAGAUCCUGCAAGAAGUGCCAUAUUCUUUUUCUGUUGAUUGGUGGGCUCUGGAGGUUAUGUAUGAAAUGAUGGCAGGUCAGCCCCCAUUUGAAGCUGACAACGAGGAUGAAUUGUUUUACUGCAUACUUCAUGAGGAGGUCUUGUUUCCCGUAUGGCUUUCUAGAGAGGCCAUUCUUGUUCUCAAAGGGUUAUGA